AUGAGUCAAGAAUUACCAUUGCACGUGACAGUGAAGAUCCCAACGGGUACCGAAUACCAGCAACCUACUGGUUUGUUUAUCAACAACGAGUUUGUCUAUCCUAAGCAGAAGAGAACCUUCAAGGUCAUUUCGCCAGUCAACGAAGAGGAAAUCACUUCGGUUUACGAGGCACUUCCUGAAGAUGUCGAUGUGGCUGUAGAGGCUGCUCGUGAAGCUUACAAGAGUUGGUCCGUUGCACAUCCAUCCAAGAGAGCCGCCGUCUUGUACAAGUUGGCCGAAUUGGUUGAAAAGAACGCCACCCUCUUGUCGGAAAUUGAGACUUUUGACAACGGUAAAUCCGUGCUGAACUCUAGAGGCGAUGUUGCCUUGACUGCCGCGUACUUCAGAUCUUGCGCCGGUUGGUGUGACAAGAUCAAGGGUAAUUUGAUCAACACCGGCGAGGGCUACUUGAACUACACCCAGAGAGUGCCCUUGGUUUGCGGUCAGAUCAUCCCAUGGAACUUCCCAUUGGCGAUGUUGUCGUGGAAAUUGGGUCCCGUCUUGGCUUCUGGUUCUACCACCGUUUUGAAGUCUGCCGAAAACACCCCCUUGUCUGCAUUGUACAUUGGUAAAUUGUUGGUUGAAGCUGGUAUGCCCAAAGGUGUCGUCAAUAUCAUUUCAGGGUAUGGUAACCCAACUGGUGCCGCUAUUGCUUCUCACCCUAAAUUGGACAAGGUUGCAUUCACCGGUUCCACCGCUGUUGGUAAAUUGAUCAUGAAGGCUGCUGCCGAGUCCAACUUGAAAAAGGUCACUUUGGAGUUGGGUGGCAAAUCUCCAAACAUCAUCUUUAACGAUGCUGACGUUGACGCUACUAUCCAGCACUUGAUCAAUGCAAUCUUUUACAACUCGGGUGAAGUGUGCUGUGCCGGUUCUCGUAUUUUGAUCCAGUCGGGAGUAUACGACCAAGUUGUGGCCAAGUUCAAAGCCGCAACCGAAAAGAUCAAACUCGGCGACCCAUUUGACCCUGAAACAUUUAUGGGCUCGCAAGUCUCUGAAGUACAAUUGUCCAAGAUUUUGAGCUACAUCGAGGCAGGUAAAGAACAAGGUGCCAAGCUUAUCACUGGAGGAAAACGUUGCGACAAGAAGGGUUUCUUUCUUCAACCAACCAUCUUUGCCGAUGUUGACAACAACAUGAGGAUUGCCAAGGAAGAGAUCUUUGGCCCCGUUGUCAGUGUCAUCAAGUUUGAGACGGUUGAAGAAGCUAUCGAGUUGGCCAACAACACCGAGUAUGGUUUGGCUGCUGCUAUCCACACCCUUGACAUCAACAAGGCCGUUCACGUGUCAAACAACAUCACCGCAGGUACCGUGUGGGUCAACACAUACAACGACUUUGACGUUAUGGUGCCAUUUGGUGGUUUCCACUCUUCUGGUUUCGGUAGAGAAAUGGGUGAGGAAGUGUUCCAAGAAUACACCCAGAUCAAGGCUGUUAGAAUGAAGAUCAACAAGCCCGACUCCAAAAUGUAA